AUGCCUACGUACCGGCUGGUGGAGAGUGCCGGCACACUGAGCCGAAUCCUGCGAGGGUUAAAGAUGUGUUUCUUGAACGUCCUCCGCCUCCAUGUGUCGCAGAGCCAGCGGCAGAAGAGGUUGUACAAGCAAUACAUGGAUCAAUUGGCCGGGGCUUACGUUGAGCGGUGUACGGACUUGAGUACCAUACGUUGGGAUCACCGGUACAGUUACAGGGCCAGUCCCGAAUGGCGGUAUUCGGUCCCGUGUGAUGAGUACUGGUACUCCGAUGGGUCCAGGUCGUGUUGCGGGACAGAGUGCACGGACAGUGGGAGAUGCUCGUCACCAUGUUGCUCGGAAGUGAUCUUCAACGGUGGACAGCACUUCAGCGGCAAGAGAGCGAAUAGUGGUCACGUUUGCAGGCGGUUCCCUGUGUGCUAUCCCGGGAAUUUCGGGAGCGGUCGGUUAGCUGUCGAGGGGUGGUGGUGCGGGCGGGCCAUGCCGGCGGGGCGCGCCAACAACGGAGCCCUAGCGCUCCACUACGCGGCCGCCAGGGGCUGCUUGGACUGUGUACGGCUUCUAACAAACACUACGCCUGAUGUAUCUGCCAACACUGCGAUGGAUAACGACGUGACGCCGGUGUACCUGGCAGCCCAGGAAGGCCACCUAGCAGUCCUGAAGUACCUGGUGCUGGAGGCUGGUGGAAGGCUGGACGCGAGGGCCAGGGAUGGGAUGCUGCCGAUACAUGCGGCUGCGCAGACUGGUUGUUUGGACUGCGUUAAGUGGAUGAUUGUGGAGCGAGGAAUAGACCCCAAUGCGAGGGACGGAGACGGCGCCACUCCACUCCAUUUUGCAGCAUCCCGGGGCCACCUCAGCACCGUCCGUUGGCUGCUCAGACACGGGGCGAGACUCCACCUGGAUCGGCACGGGAAGAGCCCUAUCAACGAUGCGGCCGAGAACCAUCAUUUGGAGUGCUUGAACGUGUUAGUGGCAGCGGGAGCCGCCGGCGCAGACAAUAAGCAGCUGGCUUCUUAUAAAGCUGUACACUCCUGCGCCUGCACGCCCGGUGAAGCCAGAUGUGCUCUUCCAAACUGCAUCAACGCGGGCAGUACUCGCUCCCCGUUCUACCUUCACACUCCAGAGAAAGACCGGCGGUCAACCGCCGAGCGCAGAGGAUCCCUGCCUUCCACCAUCGGGUCCAUAAGCUCUUCUAGAUCUGGACCAGCUGAUGGAUUAUACGUGAAUCCCAUGCAAAGAGGCACUUCGACCAGUGCUACGCAUAACAGCUCUUCAGGGGAAGAAAGUUCAGCUACAGUUUCAGAUGCGGACACCAACAACACCGGCGGAUGGUUCCUCCACGGGAGCGCCAACACAUCAGGAGCCCCGGCAGCCCUGUACCAGCGCGUCCGGGACCUAUUCCACACGCGCUCCCCCGGGCCCCGGGUCCCCGCUGAAGGCCAGGAGGCUCCCACAAUGACUGUAAAAGCCGAAGUCCACGGGUCCACAGAAGUGACGACAGUGCCCGAGCAGUCAGACAGUGACAGUGGCGCGGAGGCAACGAGACGUGAUCAUCACUACGAAGAUAUUUACAUGCCAAGAGAUGACCAUCAUCCGAGACGCAGCAGUUCCCGCGACUCGGGCAGCCACAGCCGGCCCGGCAGCGCGGCGCUCAUCGUGGACUACACCACGAAAGACAAUUGUGACAUCAACAACAAGGCAUACGAGGAAGUUUCCCCCGUUAUAGAGACGCAGACGAAGUCUUCCAUCGCCACUAAACUAGCUGCGCUCACGCAUAAAGCCCAGAACUUCGCCAGCCGGCUGUCUUCAGCGGCCGGUUCCCGUCGCCCGUCGGUCUCCGAAGAGGUCAUCGUGCAAGCUUCGGCCUCUUCUGGAGUAUCCUCGGGGGGCAGCUCCGGGGACGAGGCGCCCCCCCCGCCCCCGCCGCCGCCCGCGCCGCCCGCGCCCCCUCCGCCGAAGGUCCUGGAGGAACCGGCGCUGAGGCCGUCCGAGCUGAGAGGCAGAUUGGCGGGGCGACGCGGCUCGGCGGCCUCCGCAGAUGACGACCGACCACGCGGGCCCAACCUCGUCAACAAACAGCCCGCGCUACCCUUCGUGCCGCCCGCGUUCCCGCACAACGCCCCCGACCGCCUCAUCAAACCCUCGGAGUACCUAAAGACCAUCACGGCGCCCUGCAAGCGAGACGACGGCCCGGCGGAGGCCCGACCUCCGCCGCCGCCCCCCGUCCCGGACAACGUCCCGCCGCCACCCCCGCAACCACCCAUGUCGGCCCCCACACAACCCCUCGCAGCCAUCAGCUCGGCUGAACUAUCCGCCGUCAGACUCAGGACCCCUGCAACCAAAACAAUGUCAGCGCCACCGCCCACGCGAUCCGUCAGUUUACAAUGCUUAUCCAGUGCUGUGGACUUUAAAACUGCGAAGACGGAUUUGAUAGAGGAACUGAAAAUGUCUAAGGAUAUCACUGGGAUCAAGAAAAUGAAGGUGGAACGAGCGAGGCGGGAGAGCCUUCAGGAUAAGGAGACGUUCACGGAGUUCACGAAGCGGUUCACCGCGGAGAACUUCGUCGAUCAGGUGCCGGAACGGGACGCGUCCGGUAACGUGAUUCCGGCGUGGAAGCGGCAGAUGCUGGCGCGACGGGCCGCGGAGAAAGCGAGGAGGGACUUGGAGAGGGAGUUGGCGGGAGAAGCGGAGAGAAGGAGGGCGGCGGCGGUGCCUGCGUGGAAGAGGCAGCUGCUGCAGAGGAGGGAAGAGGCGGAGAAUAGACUCAGACAAUCCUUAUACACCCCAAAAGUAGAAGAGACGAACGGAUCAAACGGAUCAACGAACGGCGAUUGGCGGGCAUAUCCCGGCUCGCAGCGCGCCGUGUCUAUAGACAACAUAACUCUAUGCUACGACACUCCCUCGCAACCGACGCGCGCGCCGUCGGAGGCGAAACUCACUGACCAUUGUAACGGUCACUCGAACGGCAAACACGAAGAAGAUGAAGACAGCACAAAGAUAAUACCAUGGCGCGCCCAGCUUCGUAAGACGAAUAGUAAACUGAAUCUUCUAGAAUAGUUAUAAAAUAUCUAGGCUAAAUAAAGAUCAUAGCACUCGAGUGACACAGGCCAUAGGCUGUAAAUUGUAUUCUAUUGAAAAAAGAAGGAUUUGGAAAUUGGCAUUAUUAUUGAAGCAAUGCAGAAUAUUUUUAAAGUUAAGUACUUGCAAUUUUUAGGCUGUAUGUAAUUGUAUUUUUUUUUUGUUUAUUGAACUGAUUUGAGCAAUGCAGACUAUGUUUUUUGAAGAAAAUAUGAAUGAUUUCGCUAAUUUUUAUUUUAAGAUUUAAUAAAAAAGGUAAAUAUUACG